AUGUCAGAACGUAACGCCUACAAAGCUUACGUGGGAAACAACGCCUUGCAGUGGCUCUGCUAUAUAUGCUUAGCACUGGCGGAGACAGCAGGUCGACAACCCAAUCCAAAGGGAGGCAGCACCGGGGUGAAAAUCCAGAACUCACUGGAUUCGCAGUCGGAUCUGAUAAAAAUUGUAAAAGAGCUAGAAGGGGAAGUUACCACGCUAGAGAAGAAGCUUUUGCUUCUCAAGAAAGAGAACGACAUUAUCAUGGGCAGAAACAGAUUCGGUUGGCUUGGGCCUGCCGAAGGCUUGGAGUCUACACCCACAAUGGACAAUUUGGCUCCGGCAAUGGUUGUUGGGCGCGGUUGUAUCCACCGUUUAGACUACAUGCGUCCGCAUUCCGGACCAGGUUGA